AUGGUCGAGACGAAUCACGACACCGACACCGUCUUCCAGGCAUUUCGCUCAGAGACCGACCGGAGAGAGGUUCUCAUCCCCGCCGUCCGGCAUCCUACCCUGGGCGAACUUUACGUGAUCUGGACCGACAUUACUGACUGUUUCCCUCGUGCAUCGCGAAUCCAACACGACGACGAAUUUAUUCCCUUCCUGCGAGACGACAACCUCGUACGGGUCAAGCCCUUUGGGGUUCCAUGUCAUCCAGGAGUAGUUCUCGAUGUUAUCCUUGGAGAGACCCCAUUCAUUGUGUCAAAGAGACGCGCCAAUGGAAGACCCCGCAACAGCAGCAACAGGAACCAUCAUGCCAGCAAUAUCACCACCAACAGCAUGGCUCACUCUGCAGAACGCUCUGGUCUGACCAACGGAGACAGCGGUGUGAUAAAACAGCAAGGCAAAUCCUCGGACAGACUCACAGUCAAGAGCAAGGAUGAGAGCGGCGGCAAGGUCGAAAUGCACCCCACGGUCAAGACACAGGAAGGAUCUCAAGCCGGCAGUGGUGGUCUCUCCAAUACCUCAAUCCCACAACAAGCGGCGUCCAAAAAUCAGGCGCCAAACAGUAAGGAGCAACCACCGAGGGCUUCACCAACAGGAUCUUCAGCAACCCAAACAUCUGCCACACCUGUCGCGACCAACAAUACCACCGCCGUCACCACUACCGCUGUUACCACCACCGAGGACGGGGCACUGGCUGGACAGAAGGCUGUAUGGAAUGCGAUUGCCGGGGCGUACAACUCUACCCUGCCCUACAAACGCCCUCCACAUUCCGAGCCUACGGAUCUCAAGGCUCUUGUGGAACUACGCGUGAAGACCAUCCUCAAGGACUAUCUUUCGUGGACUCAGAGCUGCCAUCCUCGAUUCUUUUGCUUCCUUCCUAUUGUGCCAGAUCCCGGUCCGAACGCAGAGGCAGACGGAGAGCCAAACCUCAACGAGGUGAUUCAGAGCGACACCAAGUUCCAACUCUACUACUUUUGCGACUGCGGCGAUGUUCCAGGAUUUGAAGGUCGCUGGUACGGACACUGGACCAUCAAAGAGGGCGAGCAUUACCUCAACAAUGCUACCGGAGAGAGCACGACGCAGGCGCAGCUGGAUGAUAUUAUUCCGCUGGUGGGUACAUCUAUGAUGGCAUAUAUGGAAGCGCUCAAGUAUGGAGCGUAUGUCAACGAUGAGCUCAUUGUCCCGCCUCAGACUCACCCUGAUGCCCAACGACGAAUCUCUUUGGCCAUCCGGUACUUCGAGUCCAAGGGCGUCCGAUCCUCUGAAGGGUACUGGAGAGAUCGCCUUGCUGGAGUCCGUUCAGAGGAUAUCAAGCCUGUCACCUCGCCAUUACACAAGCACCGGGUCGAGUUCUGGAGGAUAGUCGAGAAGAACCGCUGGGUGCGGUUGAGCGAGUUGAUCCCUUUCAAGACGACGGGAGGUGAUGUGAGGUGGGUCUGUCAGUCCCAUUGGCACGCCCUGACGAAUCUGGCAGAUGUCCAACGAGCCACGGAUUUCUCAAAGAACCCGCAGUCGACCAAGAGCGAGUACAGGAUGACCCAGGGAGCGUUCAUCACCGAGAUCCUCAGCAUGCAGAGGGCGAGGGAGUUUUUCCAGCUGGCUGAGAGGAUGACAUCCACCGUUGUGCUCCGAGUGUCGUUGGACUGGGACUUGACGUCUGGAGACGAAGACGAGCUGAACCUGUUAAUUGGACGGCUUUCGGCAACGGCACUACAUCUCACCGUUCGACGCAAGACUCGGUGCGCCUCGGGAGCUCUCGUAGGAUUUGCGUCAGGAUAUGUGCAGCUGACAUUGGCGGCAAUCUGGAACCCGAGCAUUGAGAUCUUUAUGUUGUUGUUUCGCCCUCCAGCGGAUGAGCCCGACUACUCUACUUACUACGAGCGCCACUACAUGCUCAGCUCCUGCGACUCCUUGUGUUCGGACACGAUUGCGACGCUCAUGAAGUUAAAGAAGGGUGCGCCGGCCAGAGCCAUCCUUCAAGCCUCCGACAUUGACCUUGCUGCGGCCUCGUUCCGUAAGCUUGCUAAAGGAUUCCAUUACUUUUCCGAGCUGCAGCUGACAAAGGAAUCUAUCCAAGUGAACGCGAUGAUCAAGUUCAAGAACAAGUUUGGCGACUCUGAGCCCAUUCCCAAGGACACGGACUACAACAACGGCGACUUGUUCAAGUAUUUCGAGCAGCGGGAGUGGAUCGAUGAUGUCGAGUGCGAUUGUUCUGAGGCCACCUUCAGUCAGCUUCUUUUGUUGCACAACUUGACCAAGGUGGUUACUUGGUUCUCGCUCAAGCAGGACCGAGUCAAAUUCCGGGAGCUGAUCAGGUUCAACAAGAAACUCAAGGAGCUGACGUUGCACGAUACCGAGAGGGAUGACCCGAGCCAGAUCUUUGAGACGUACAAGGCGCUGUUGGCGAAUCACCCGGUGAUUGAGCUGUUUGAGGUCCGUCAACACCAUAUCGACUCUGCGGAUUCAACAUUUGCCUGGAAGAACCCCAAGGAGUCGACCAAGAUGCGAGUGGCGAUCACGUGCUAUGCCGGGGACAAGGUCCAGUCGAUGCUUCAAAAGUACGCGCCUUUGAUUGACAGACUCACAAUUGAGCACCUCAAGGCGAGCGACGCUUCAGUGUUGGAGAAGUCGACGCGACCCAAGAAGGGACCUUUGUCGUUGAGAUGGCUCGGGAUCCACAAUGUCCAUCUGUUGGAGGCGGCUGUGUUGGAUGAUCUGAAGAAGGUCAUUUUGAGGAGCGAUAUUGAUCAGGUCAUGGUGACUGGUUCGACGUUCAAGGCGUCGAUUCUUCUGGACGAUGCGACGACAUUGGCGCGACAUGAUGGCAGCAAUACUUCUCGAAGGACGGUCGCGAAGGGUGGCGCUGUCAAGAAGCGGGACGACUUUGCGGAGGAGAAGGCCAAUGUGGGUGUUUGGGCCGAGUUUAUAAUGGGUAUCCGGACCAAGCUGACGGACAUGUCCAUCUCGACCAAGGAUCCGGCGAAUAUUUUGGCAGCACUGGAGGCGCAGGUGGUUCCAGGAGAGCAGCCUGAUAUGAUUCGUCUGCAGGGGUUCACAAUGACGGGAGUCUGGACACAGAGUAUUCUGUCGUACCCCUGGAUGGAGAGACUCUUGCUGUCGACGGGUCAUGGCGCGACGGCAACCUAUCUGGAGGACGGCCGACGGAAGCAGAUCCUGACCAAGGUUACCCUGACGGGGUCGCAGAUCCUGGAGGAGGAUUGGAAGCGGAUCCUCAAGAGUUGGGACCUGUUCCAGAUGGUUCGUCUUCAUAUCCGACAAAAGUCCAGGCUGUCGGUCGAGACGCUGUUGGCGAUGAUUGAGGCUAUCCCGAUGAACAGUCCGUCGUUGCGGCAGUUCCUCGUGGAUGAUAGUCAGCCCAUUAGUCCUGAAGUCUCAAGAGCCUUUGAGGCCAAGAUGAGGACCAAGAGCGAGAAGUUUCAUACCACCGUCAUUCUCCAGAGCCUUCACAUGGCUUAA